AUGUCUGGAGGAGGCAAAGAUCGUAUAGCUGUCUUUCCCUCUCGAAUGGCUCAAACAGUAAUGAAAACGCGUCUGAAAGGUGCACAAAAAGGCCACUCGUUGCUCAAGAAGAAAGCCGAUGCGUUAAAUAUGCGUUUUCGAGACAUUCUGAGGAAAAUUGUCGAGAACAAGGUGCUCAUGGGAGAGGUGAUGAAAGAGGCAGCUUUCUCUUUGGCUGAAGCGAAGUUCACUGCUGGCGAUUUCUCGCAUACUGUUAUUCAGAAUGUGUCACAUGCACAGUAUCGUGUUCGUAUGAAGAAAGAAAAUGUUGUAGGAGUAAUGCUUCCUGUCUUCGAUGCUACCGCUGAAGGACCGGAUGCUUAUGACCUCACUGGACUUGGAAAAGGAGGCGCAAAUAUCACGAAACUGAAGAAGAAUUACAAUAAGGCUAUUGAACUACUUGUGGAAUUAGCCACACUUCAAACAUGUUUCAUAACCUUGGACGAAGCGAUUAAGGUCACAAAUAGGAGAGUGAACGCCAUUGAACACGUUAUUAUUCCUCGUAUUGAAAACACGAUCAAUUAUAUUGUAACGGAGCUGGACGAAAUGGAAAGAGAGGAAUUCUUUAGAAUGAAGAAGAUUCAAGCGAAUAAGAAAAAGCAGAAAGAGAUAGAGACGGCGGAACGUGCGGCCGCUGGUAUAGUCUUAUCUGCCGACACUACAAUUGAACCCAGAAAUCUGCUGGUCAAUGAGGACGAUCUCCCGGUGUUAUUCAAUUAG